AUGCUCGGGGCAGGCGGCGGCGGUAGUAGCGGCAGCACGCGGUCCGCCUCCUCCACUACAGCCUCCGGGCGACCAAGCCGAGAGAUCGGGCUGAGGACCAGGGGCCAAACGGGCGCGGGCACUGCAGGCGGGGGGGGAGGGUCGCACGCGGGGGGGGGGGCGGGGGCUGGGGACUGCGUGGGGGCGCUGACUCGGUUUGACAGCUCUCUGGGGCUCCUGACGAGGAGGUUCGUGGACCUGAUCCAGGCCGCCCCGGGGGGCACGCUGGAUCUCAACGCUGCGGCUAAGGAUCUGGACGUUCAGAAGCGGCGUAUUUAUGACAUCACGAAUGUCCUGGAGGGGAUCGGCUUGAUCCACAAGACCUCCAAGAACCACAUCCAGUGGAAGGGGAAGGGGGACGGUUUGGGGGAGGGCAACACCGAGGAGGAGAACGAAGCGCAAGAGGAGAUCCACGAGCUGGUGGACCAGGAGGCGAGGGUGGAUCAGCUCAUCGCCCACGUCAAGGGGCAGCUCAAGAAGCUGCCGACCGAAUCGAACAAGCCUUCUGGCGAUAUGUUCCUCCACCAGCAAGACAUCCGCGGGUUGCCGUGCUACAAGAAGAACACUGUGAUGGCGAUACGCGCGCCAGCGGGAACCACUCUGGAGGUGCCCGAUCCUGACGAGGGCAUGCCGCACGGGGAGCGGCGGUAUCAGAUUUACCUCAAGAGCCCGUCGGGUCCGAUCGACGUCUACGUCGUUAGCCAGGUUGACGAACGAAUCGAGCCGGGCCCGGAAGACGAGGACGGCGAUGUGGAGGAGGAGGCAGGGGGGAAUGGCGAAGGAGGCGGCGGCGGCGGCGGCGGCGGGACACGAGCAGAUAAUAACCACCGCCGACACCAAACCGAAGAACAGAAGCCCCAACCCCACCAGGAGAACCAGUCACCGGGGCCCGGUCUCGGCGUCGGAUUGGGGCUGGGCUUGACACCGCUCAUGACGAAGCUAUCCCCGUGCAAGCCCGAGCCCGACUUCUCGUACAACAUGUUCGACCACGGCCUGACGGAGCUUUUUGUCGGGGCCAGCGGCGGCGUGCAAGCCCCCGGGGGAAACAUGCAAGGGGACGACCUGCAGCAGGCGGACGGAAUGCUGGACGCGUUUUUCGAUACUCCGAGGCGGGGAAAGGGCAUUUGA